AUGGAUUAUGCCACAAACUGUGGCGGAAACCAGUCGCAUAUGCCAUUCUUGUUGGGUCGAAUGGCAGACAAAGCUGCUGUUCAUAUGAUUUCUGGGCCAUUAACCUCUAGACAAAAUACUAUGCCUCAAAUACAACCCCAGAUACUAGAUACUCCAAUUAUACCACUGGAAGAACAAUUGCAAUCUCCACCUACGCCGCAAACUAUGCUAAGAAGCUAUGCCUGA